AUGAAUAGAGGCUUCUCUCGCAAGAGCCACGCAUUCCUGCCCAAGAUCUUCUUCCGCAAGAUGUCAUCCUUAGGGGCCAAGGACAAGCCCGAGCUGCAGUAUCCCUUCCUGCAGGACGAGGAGACGGUGGGCACGCUGCAGGAGUGCAAGACACUCUUCAUCGUGCGUGGCCUGCCGGGGAGCGGCAAGUCCACGCUGGCCCGGGCCAUCACGGACAGGUACCGGGACAGCACCAAGACGCUGUCCGCCGAUGCCUACAAGAUCACGCCCGCCCGAGGCGGCUUCUCGGAGGAGUACAAGCGGCUGGACAAGGACCUGGCCGACUGCUGCCGCCGGGACAUCCGGGUCCUCGUGCUGGACGACACCAACCACGAGCGGGAGCGCCUGGAGCAGCUCUUUGAGAUGGCCGACCAGUACCAGUACCAGGUGCUGCUGGUGGAGCCCAAGACGGCGUGGCGGCUGGACUGCGCCCAGCUCAAGGAGAAGAGCCAGUGGGGGCUGUCGGUGGACGAGCUGAAGAAGCUGAAGCCCGCGCUGGAGAAGGACUUCCUGCCGCUCUACUUCGGCUGGUUCCUGACCAAGAAGAGCUCGGAGACCCUCCGCAAGGCUGGCCAGGCCUUCCUGGACGAGCUGGGCAACAACAAGGCCUUCAAGAAGGAGCGGCAGCACUUUGCCCCUGGGGACGAGCACAGGGAGAAGGUUGACCUGGCCGCCUACUUUGGGAAGAGACCUCCCGGCGUGCUGCACUGCACAGCCAAGUUCUGUGACUACGGGAAGGCCGCCGGGGCUGAGGAGUACGCCCAGCAGGAUGUGGUGAAGAAGUCUUACUCCAAGGCCUUCACGCUGACCAUCUCUGCCCUCUUUGUGACGCCCAAGACCACGGGCGCCCGGGUGGAGCUGAGCGAGCAGGAGCUGCCGCUGUGGCCCAAUGACGUGGACAGGCUGUCUCCCUCUGACAGCCUGCCCCUGGGCAGCCGCGCCCACAUCACCCUAGGCUGCGCGGAGGGCGUGGAGGCCGUGCAGACUGGCAUCGACCUCCUGGAGAUUGUGCGGCAGGAGAAGGGGGGCAGCCGAGGAGAGGAGGUGGGUGAGACACCCCGGGGCAAGCUCUUCUCCUUGGGCAAUGGGCGCUGGAUGCUGAACCUGACUAAGAAUCUGAAGGUCAGGGCCAUCUUCACGGGCUACUAUGGGAAGGGCAAGUCUGUGCCCACACAGGGCGGUCGCAAGGGGGGUGUCUUUCAGUCCUGCACCAUCAACUGA